CUAAUUUCAGACUUCACUAUUCUAUAUUGCAUGCUGAUAAUUUAAAGUCAGCUGAACUGUUGCGAAAUUCCACAAAAUAUAAACUAUAUUCUAGAUUAUGCUAGGGACCCAAAUUUUCUUAGUAAAACAAUAUACUACAUGCAAGCUUCAAUCCCAUUUUUGAAGUUUAAAAAUUUUACGGCUAAAUUUUAUAUACAUAGAUGUAGGUCUUUGGUUAUUCGGGUUUUCGCGAAUUCCUCAGAAAACCUAUUAUUCGCGAAAACCUCAGAAAACAGAUACAUAGAUAUAUAUACGGAAAAUAAGCCUCAAAAGACAUAGUGUAAGAACACCGACUAUAUUUUGAAUAUUUUUUUUUAAUGAAAAAGAACAGCCUGCCAAAAAAGAAAACAAACCCUUUCAAUGUCUCAAUGUUGUAGAGGAAAAUCCUCUUAGUGAAGCAAAUGAGAUUUCUUUCAGCAAUAUUUUCUUUCAUUUAUCAUGGGUUUAGGCAAAGAGGGUUUUUCUACCCUACAAGCAUGACAUUAGAGAAGUUCAAGACAUUUAACAUUUUCAGGUAAAAAAGUUAUCUUGAAUCUAGAUAACUGUUGGGGUAGUUAUUUUUAAUUCAUUUGAUUUUCAAAGCCUUGAUUUACAAACUGUCAGUUACAUCUUUUAUUCCUUACACAGCAAAAUUUAUAUUUAUGUUGCUUUGCUUCAUGUUUUCUAAUGAAGUACUGGAAUCCCUUGCCUGCAAUCAAAUUCUAAUAAUAAUAACAACUUGUCUUUUUCAUUCUGCUGGCACUUUGCAGUGCUGAUAUAAUGAAGUCUGAAGUUUUUGUAAACAUCAAUUGUACAUAUUUUAUAAAUCUUCUAGAUACAAAUUAAAAUUUCUCUGGAAGGGAAAAGUUAUUAGUUUUUAUUUCUAGCCUUCCAGACUUUCUCAAGAGAUUACAGUCACUAUCAAUCUGUAGAGUAAAAUAAUCUUUAGCAAUAGCACUUAGACUUAUAUAUUGCUUCACAGUGCUUUACAGCCCCCUCUAAGCAAUUUACAAGAAUCAGCAUAUUGUUCCCAACAAUCUGGGUCCUCCUUUUACUGACCUCAGAAGGAUGGAAGGUUGAGUCAACCCUGAGCUGGUGAGAAUUGAAUUGCCGAAUUGCUUGCAGGCAGCAGGCAGCAGAAGUAGCCUGCAGUUCUGCAUUCUAACCACUGCACCACUAUGCAGUGUCCAUUUGAAGAAAAAAAGAUUCCUUUAUACCAGCAGUCUCCAACCUUGGGUGUAGAGACUUCCAGUAUUUCAGUAUGUCUUCAUUCAGACCACACAAUCUCUAGAUCAGUGGUUCUCAACCUUUAUAGUGCUGCGACCCUUUUAAUACAAUUCCCCACGAUGUGGCGACCCCUUUAAUACAAUUCCCCACGAUGUGGCAACCCCUUUAAUACAAUUCCCCACGAUGUGGCGACCCCAACCAUAAAAUUAUUUUCGUUUUGAAUUUAUUGCGCCUGAAGCCGUAUUGGCUAGCGAUCUGAACUGCUUGCGAUUGCCUUGAGGACGGAGGCAUUAAAGCGGAGACUCCUCCCCUAUUAAGUUUAUCGCGCCUGAAGCCAGAUUAGGCUAGCGAUUGGGAGUGAUUGCAGCUGGCUUGAGAGGAAAACAUCAGAGCAAAGAUUUCUCUCUUUUUUAAUUCAUCGCGCCUGAAGCCGAAUUCGGCUAGCGAUUUGAACAGCCUGCAGCUGGCUUGUGGAGUCAACUAUUGGAGCACGAUUCUUCGACUCGCAAGUCGAAGUAUACUUCCGACUCGCAAGUCGCAAGUAUACUUCCCAUAUUUCCGAUGGUAUUAGGCGACCCCUGGAAAAUUGUCAUUCGACCCCCAACGGGGUCCCGACCCACAGGUUGAGAACCGCUGCUCUAGAUUCUGCUCAGUAGAGCUCAAUAACAUUACUUGGUCAGACAGGGGCAAAGAUAUACACUGAGAUCAGCAGUGUAUUGAUGAAACUAUAUUCUUUGUUGAUGGAUGACCCUUCCCAGCAGUAUGUAGAAGUUAAACAAACAAAAAAAAAUAGAGCUAAGAAGCACCACAUUCAUGUAUGUCUCCGUGUACGUGCACACAGGACUUGAAAAGACAUGUAGAAGAUGUCUCUAGUGCUAUAUUGUAGGAGAAACAAAAACUAUCCAGUGCUACCUUCUAGAAUUUAUGAAAGAAUGGAGCCACCAUUAUAUUGUAAUGUCCCAAUGCUGUCUGGCAAUCCUGAAAAUUAACCUUAUUUGAGGUUUGAACAAACUGCUCAAAACAACAAAUUAGUGGUGAUGCUACAUUGAAACAGAUGUAGGAUGCAAGGGAAGGUUACAGUUUUAAAAUGUUUAUAGGGAAUAUGACAGUGACAAGGAAUGCCAUUUCAGUUGCUGAAAGGGUCUACCAAAAUUACAAAUUAAGCCCUUUAGAUUCGUAACAUGUCUAUUUCAGACUGUUUUAAAAACUUUAACUCCCCCCCUAGCAAUUUGCCAAUGAAUUUUAGCAUCUGUGUUUUCAUGUCACACCUGGACUCCGCCCGUAAGAUGAAAUAGCCCAUAUCAACCAGAGGAACUGGGCUUUGAUAAUCUAUUCUUCAAUCAACAUCUCAACUCUGAAUGAUAUAUUUGAAAUCACUUAGAAACUGCUUGAUAUAGAGAAGUUUAACUUUGUUUAACUUUGCCUGAUAUAAGAAGAUCCCAUAUAUUUUGAUAUAGAGGUACCUAUUAAGUGCCUUCCAAACAGAUCACAAUGACUCAAGUGUUUUCUUCUUCCUUAUAGAUCAAGAAAUAAAAGGGUUGGCUUUUUGUUUUUGUUUUGCUGCUCUGACGUAAAGAGUUUCACAGGAGCUCUGAUCAGAUGCAUCAGAAACAGAUCACUAUCAUGCAACAGGCUCCAAGACAAAUGUUGUCCUACAUAAGCACUGUAUUUCCUAGUUAUCUUCUACAACUGUUUAUUUGAGAAUCUCUCUUUUAUGGUCCCUUUAACUGACAAGGAAAAUCUUAACUACUAAAGAGUUUAGCUGAGAUUAGGGGGAUGCUAAAUCAUAUUUUGCUGAAUAAGCAAAAUAUACAGAUGGGCAAUUUUAUUAGGAUGACAUUUAGCAUUUGAGGGAGAUAAGAGUAAUGCAACUAUGCAAAAGAGGAAGAACAAGAUAUUUGUUUCAUUAUUUCUAUUUGUGGGGAACGGAAGGGGAACUUUUAACUUGCCACCAGUUUUUGUUGCCAAAUUCAAUCGUGUAGUUAAAAUACAUUGGAAAGGCAGUGGUUCAGGGGUUUUUUGUCUGGCCAUUGCAAUUUGCUUAUCUUACUAAAAAUCAUAGUUUAUAAAUCAAAACGCAUGAAUUAAGAUUAUAAUGCAAUAUUAUGGGGAGAUAAAAUCAUAGCUGUGGGCGAUGUGAUUAAGAAAAAUUAAAUUACCCCAUUCAGAUAGGCUUAAACCAAAAAUCAAUCCAAACCAGUUUCAGUACUGAUACAUUGUACCAAUUUUUGCGCUGCCUUUCGGCCAAAAUCGGUACAGUUCAGCACGGGAAAGGCGGGCCCAGGAAACCGUUUCGACCGCUUUCUUGCCUAGGCUCCCUUGUUUUCCACUCCUCCCGAUCGCGGUCUCCGAUAAAAAGCAAGUUCCCCGCUUCAUUAGCGGUUGCCGAAAAUAACGAAGAAAAAAAAAACUUCCUUCCCCCAUGAGGUCCGGAAGAGCGGCUGCACAGUGUCCCCAGCGGCUGUUGAGCGAAGGCAGCCUUGGCACCUGAGGCCGCUGCUUUCGUUCUCCAGCCUCCCAGCCAAGGUCCUUCUCACCCCGCCUCUCACACUGGGGGGCCGCGCUUCGGUUUGCCCGCGCUGUGACGUCCCUUCGAAUAAGCAACUCCAAGCGGGUUAAUUCCCUGCGGAGGACCCCGGCGGAGUAAAAGUGCCGCAAUUUAAGCGUCUCGUCUUAUAUAUAUAUAUAAUUUAUAUAAAUAUAUAUAUAUAUAUAUAUUCCGGUUGAAGAAGCGCGAGAGAAAAGCGCGCCGGACUCCGGGUCUUGCUCAAGACAGGUGAAGAGGAUUCCGUCGUAGCUUCCUGAGAGAAUGACACCCGCCGUCUCCGCGGCCGGAGCUUCGCUUUGGCUCCUUUUCCUCCUGCCUUGGGCCGCGGCGCCUUCCAAACUCAACAUCCCUAAAGUGUUGUUGCCGUUCUCUCGGAGCGCAAGGAUUAACUUCACUCUGGAGGCAAGCGAAGGCUGCUACCGUUGGUCUUCCACCAGACCAGAAGUUGCUAGCAUAGAUGCUAUAGAACAAGAUAACCAUCAGUGUUCACAGAAAGCUAUUAUUCAAGCCAAAUCAUCACAAAUAACACGGCUCACAAGUAUUAUUUUGGCUGAAGAUGUUUUUACUGGCCAGGUCCUUCGCUGUGAUGCUAUAGUUGAUGUUAUUCAUACUAUUCACAUAGUAUCUACAACAAAGGAAUUAUAUCUUGAAGAUUCACCACUGCAGCUGAAAAUUCAAGCCCGAGAUUCUGAAGGAAACACUUUUAGCACAUUGGCAGGACUUGCUUUUGAGUGGACCAUUGUGAAAACGUCUGCAACUAAUGAAUUCUCAGAUUUCCAUAAUGCACUACAAAUUUUGAAAUUUUCUGAAUCAACAUAUAUACCACCUUCAUAUAUAUUAGAGAUGGAGAAAGUUGCAAAACAAGGAGAUAUUGUUUUAGUAUCUGGAAUGAAAACAGGGAGUUCAAAACUCAAAGCAAGAAUAGAGGAAACUGUGUAUAAGAAUGUGCCUGGAGCUGAAGUCAGAUUGUUUAUUUUGGAAAACAUCAUUUUAAAUCCUGCUUAUGAUGUCUACCUACUGGUAGGAAUGUCAGUACAAUAUAAAGUCAUGAAAAUUAGGCGAGGGAAAAUGACAGAACUAAUCAAGCAUUCUGAUCAGUAUGAGCUGCAACUUCAGAAUAGCACUCUCAGCCCUGGAGGAGAUGCAGCCUGGCCAGUUGCCAGAUUGGAUCAGGCAACAUGCACAGUUACUGCAUUGCAGCGGGGACAGGCAAAUCUUGUACUUUCCCACAAAAGUGUGUCUAUGCAAGGGGCUUCUAAAUUACCAAAUGGCACCAUUUUUGUUGUGGACCCAGGAUACCUAGGAUUUUCAAUUCAUCCUGGUGAGAGAUGGGUGCUGGAAACUGAGAGGUUCUAUGAAAUCACUAUUGAAGUGUAUGACAAAUCAAGCAAUAAGGUGUAUUUAUCUGAGAACAUCAGAAUUGAUAUGUACUUCCCAAAAGAAUAUAUUGAAGUUAUACAGUCCUCUUUGAAUGGUUCAUAUCACUAUGUAAAAGCAAUAAAAGAAGGACAUAUCAUUCUUAGUGCUAAACUAACAUCUAUUGUAGAUCAGGAUGGAGGUGUUCACACAUUUUCGGUCCCUGCACAAAAUCAACAAGAAGUAGAUAUCUAUGCUCCCAUUAUUCUUCAACCAAGCAUUUUGACUUUUCCGUGGCAAGCAAAAGCAGGAGCCUAUCAGUACAGAAUCUUGGCUUAUGGUGGGAGUGGAAAUUUUACUUGGACCUCAUCUCAGCAAAAUGUUGCUUCCAUUACAAUUAAAGGAGUAAUGACAACUGGGAAUGAAAUUGGUGUCAGUGUCAUUCAUGCCAGAGAUGUUCAGAAUCCUUUACACCAUGGGGAAAUGAAGGUCUAUGUGAUAGAACCCAGUGAUAUGAAGUUCACACCUUGUCCAGUUGAAGCACAUGUGGGCGAGACCUUGGACCUGCCUCUGAAGAUUAUUGGUGUAAUGAACAAGGAAACCAAUGAGGUGGUCACUUUAAGUGAUUGCUCACAAUUUGAUUUAGCUGUCAACAUUGAAAACCACGAUGUGUUCAGUCCGUUUCAAGGGAGACUUAAGCCAACUCCUGAAUACUGCAGUGGGAUCAGAGUUAAAGCUGAAACUCAAGGGUAUUCCUCACUUGUUGUUAGUUAUACCCAUGACCAUAUUCACCUCAGUGCCAGUAUUACCAUAGCAGCCUAUCUACCAAUAAAAAUUAUUGAUCCUAUUUCUGCUGCUUUGGUAACUUUGGGUUCUUCUAAAGAUAUCCUCUUUGAAGGUGGACCCAGACCAUGGAUUCAAGAACCAACUAAGUUCUUCAGAGAUACCAAUACAGAACAUCCAGAGAAUGUUGGCUUACAUUUACUAGGACCACCUACAUCUAGGAAUUCUUUCCAGCAUUGGGCUAGAGCAACUUGUAAAGCCCUCGGGGAUCAUGUAAUUUCACUGACAAUUGGCAACAAGCCCACUGUAACCAACCCUUUUCCAGCUGUUGAGUCAGCUGAUGUGACAUUGAUUUGUGCCACUCCUUCUCGGUUUUCCUUGGCACUUGUAUCUGCAGCUCCUGAGAUGGAUGUUUCCUGUCCCUUCCUUCAUCAGGACAAACAAGGGGUCCCCAUUUCAAUUUUCCGCAACCCAGUAUUGGAGCUAGACGUUUAUGAUCAUCAGGGGAAUAAAUUUGACAAUUUUAGUUCUCUUACUAUAACCUGGGAAUCAACAGACCAUUUACUAGCUAGCAUAGAGGCCAGGAUGCCUAUGGAAUUGUCUAUGAAAGAUCAUGGAAACAGUCAGAAGAAAAUGCAAGGUCUGCAAACUGUUUUAGUUCAUCAUAAACCAGGAGCAACAAUAAUAUCAGCUACCGCAGUUGGCUAUCAGCUUACCCAUUUGAUUACUAAUGAAGUAAAGAAACCGUAUCAAGCUCUUUUACCUGUAAAUGCAGGUAUUAAACUAAUACUUGUGGAAGAUGUUAAAAUGAAUCCUAAAGAAGUGACUAUUUAUAAUCAUCAGGCAGUUAAGGCCGAACUGAUUAUUAAUGGGGGCUCUGGAUAUUUUUUUAUUAAUACUAGCGUUGUUGACAUUGUUAAAAUAGUAUAUGAAGAAGGUAAAGACAUCGCUCUGAUAUAUCCCUUAUAUCCAGGGUCAGUAUCUGUAAUGAUACAUGACUUGUGUCUUGCAUCUUCCACCAUUGCUAAAACUGAUGUGUAUGUUUCUAAUAUACAAGGAGUAUAUGUUGGAAUUGUUGAUAAGGUAGAAAUUGGCAAAAGUGUUAAAGCCUAUGUCAGAGUGCUGGAUGCUUCGAAGAAAUACUUUCACAGUAAAAACUUCAAAUUCAUGAACUUAACUCUAAGAGCAGCAUCUCAGAUUAUUUCCUUAAAAGCCCUUGGUGAAACUUCUGAUGAAUACACAGCUGUUUUUCUUGUGCAAGGCAUGGCCAUAGGUCAAACCAGUGUUACAGGAGUUGUCACUGACAGAUAUGGUGAAAAGAUCUAUUCGGUUCCACAGCAGAUUGAAGUAUUUCCUCCUUUUAAAUUGAUACCAAAAAAAGUCACCUUACUCAUAGGUGCAGUGAUUCAAAUUACUUCGGAGGGAGGGCCACAGCCUCAGUUCAACAUCAUCUUUUCCAUCCAUGAUCCCAGCAUUGCUUCCGUAAACAACAGUGGCUUUAUAACUGGCAAAGCAGUGGGCAACAGUACCAUACUGGGAAUGGUUCAAGCAGUUCACACAGAAGCUGGCAAGGUUGUGGUUGCAUCCCAGGAUGAAGUUGAAGUUGAGGUAAUUCAGCUUGAAGCUGUCAGAAUCCACGUGCCUAUUACUCGAAUGAAAACUGGAACUCAGAUGCCGGUAUAUGUGAUGGGCAUCACUAGCAAUCAGACCCCUUUUUCAUUUGGAAAUGCGGUGCCAGGCUUAUGGUUUUAUUGGUCUGUCACUACGAGGGAUAUCUUGGAUGUCAAGUCAAGAUUCAGUGAGGCUUCCCUUCAGCUUUCAGUGGAAAAUAAGUUUGCGGUGGAUGUUUAUGGGAAAGGGAAAGGGAAAACGGGGCUGAAGGUUGUUGUAAAAGUCCUGGAUCCUUCAGCUGGACAGUUCUCUCACAUGGCAAAAGAAUUGACAGAUGAAAUUCAAAUACAGGUAUUUGAGAAACUAGUUAUUCUGGGAAUAGAAGUAGGGCAGAUAUUAAUGUCAACAAACUCCUUUUUUAAAGUUCAAACAAACAGGGAUGGAGCUGCUUCUCUAACUUACCGUGUACUGGAUAGUCAAGACAAGGUUCCUGUGGUAGAAAUUGAUGAAAGUGGUCAUCUUAGUUCUCAUUCUCACAUUGGACUAUCAACAAUAGAAAUAAUUUCCCAAGAAUCAUUUGGAAUCAACCAGACCCUUGUUGUUGCUGUCAAGGUAGCUCCUAUUUCCUACCUGAGAAUAUCCAUGAACCCAAUUUUCCAUACAAAAAAUCAUGAACCUUUACUGGCAUUACCAUUGGGCAUCACUCUGAGUUUGACUAUCCACUUCCAUGACAAUUAUGGAAAUACUUUCCACUCACAAAAUUCCAUGCUUCACUUUGCAGUCAACAGGGAUGAUUUUUUACAGGUUGGGAAAGGGACUUCUAACAAUACUUUGGUACUUCGAACAAUGAAUGUUGGACUAAGUUUGCUUAAGGUUUGGGAUGCGGAACACAAUAUUGCAGACUAUGUCCCUCUUCCUGUCCAACAUGCCAUCUCCCCUGAGCUCACCAAUAUUAUUGUAGGUGAUGUCAUAUGUUUAACCUCCUCACUGGUAAACCAAGAUGGUUCAUCAGGAACAUGGAGUUCUUCUUCAAACAGUAUUCUUCAGAUUGAUUCAAAAGCCGGAGUGGCUGUAGCAAGGAACUCUGGAAGUGUUAUAAUAUAUUAUGAUGUAUCUGGGUUAUGUAAGACAAAUAGGGAGGUGUUAAUUAACGAACCUAAAAGGAUUAUGGUAACACACAUAAGUGGAAUGAAAACAAAUCUUCAGGAUACUUCAAAAGUUAUACUUCAAAUUGGAGAUAGAAGUAAAAAUUUGAAAGGAGAAUGUUCAAGUGCCCAAAAGGAAGUAAUUGAAAAAAUGAAACCCCAGUCUAUGAUCAGCUGUCAGCUUAAUUUCAACAACGAUGUAUUUGAUUUCCAAGCUUCUGAAAUUGUUGCAGCUGAACCCAUGUUUGAUACAGCUUUAGGUGAGAUCCAGCUCACCUCUGGUGGUGGUUUUAGAGAAAGACAGAUCCUAUGGCUUGCCUAGUUAUGUAACCUACACUGUGAGUUUAUCAGACCCAGAAAUUGCAAGUAAAACAAAUUUAAAUGCUGUACUUACUAUAUCCAGCACAAUGACAGACCAGUCUCUUACUAUCCCUGUGACAGUUACUUACGCG